CCUCGGUAUGACAUCACUGCUGGACAAAGCAGCACCAAGGAGUGGUUACCGUGAAGAGACGCGUCCCAAAUCAAUGGAAGACACUCACACACUCUGAAAACACAUAUUACAGCUGUUUCCACCGUCAGGAAGAACUGUAAUCGGCUCAGCAAGUUUUAGAAGUGCUUUGUGUUGUCCGAGGAAGGAACUAUACUGUGGUAAAACACGUCGGCUUGUGCUGGUCAGAGAAAAGAGGAGUCCCUGCCGCUGGAUGGUUGGUGCUUUCCAAGUUUCGCCUUCCUAACAUGAGCUGUGUCUGAGAUGAUCUGCAGAUUGAAUCCACCCUGGAAGACCAUGCUGUCCCUCCUGCUGACCGCGAUGAUGGCCCUCCAAACUAUGGCUAUGUUGGAAGUGAACGUCCCGGAGCAGCCAGUGGUGGUGCUGCACGGCAGGGAUGCCAUUCUCAACUGCUCCUUCAGUCCCGCCAGCGCCUUUAACUUGUCCGAUCUGAGCAUCUUCUGGCAGCUGACGGACACCAAACGCAAUGUGCACGGGUACUGGGAGGGGCGCGACCAGCUGGUAGACCAGGCCGAGAGAUUUGCCAACCGUACCAGCCUGUGGCCCGUCCAGCUGGGCCUGGGCAACGCCUCGCUCCUGCUGAGCAGCGUGGUGGUGGCGGAUGAAGGCAGCUACACCUGCUUCGUCAGGGUGCAGGACUACGGCAGCGCCGCUCUGCUGCUGCUGGUGGCCGCCCCUUACUCCAAGCCUGUAGUGACGUUGGUGUCUGAAACCAACCUGCGGCCAGGUGAUGAGUUGGCACUAACUUGCGUGGCCUAUGGUGGGUAUCCUGAAGCAGACGUGAUAUGGCAGGAUGGAGGCGGGCGCAACUUGACGGACAAUAUCACCACUUCCCUGGUGGCCAAUGAGGAAGGGUUGUUCAUGAUGACCAGCGUGCUGACAGUAGUGCUGGAGCCCAACAGCACCUACAGCUGCGGACUGAUCAAUCCACUUCUGGGCGAGGAGGGCUACGCCUUUGUCACAAUCACAGGCAUUUCAGUCAACGAUGUCAGCUCCAUUCUGGUGCAAGGGCCUGUCACUGUGAACACCCCCUCCAGCACCACCCCCACUCCGUCUGCUUGCUCUCUCAAUGAGGAUGGCGCCAUUUCCCCGGCAUCUCUCUGCUGGCACAGCAUUUACAGUGAACAGUGUGCGGAUGGAGAUAUAUAG